GAACUUUCCAUUUUGGACACAGGUUUCUCUAUAAAUAUUCUGCGCAUACCUCCAAAAGUCGUCAGUUGUUAUUUGUACCCCUGGAGCAAAGACAUCGAAACUACCAAAAUGAAACUCUUCAUCGCCCUCUGUGCAGUCAUUGCUGUGGCUUCUGCCGCCUUUAAUAAGGAGGAAUUCUUAAAGAUCCGUGAAGAAUGCCUAAAGUCCGAGAAGGUCCCGGAAGCAGUAAUUGAGAAGUUGAAAAAUCGUGAAUAUGGACAAGACCUGGGCCAUGAGGCCAAAUGCUAUAUUCGUUGUCUAGGACUUAAAACUGGAAUCUGGGAUGAUACCCAUGGUUAUAAUGUUGAUGAGGCCUACGACGAUUUUCAUAGCGCUGGAUUGGAAGUGAGCAAGGACAAUUUGAAGAAAUGUUUCACUUCAACUGGUGACGAUGACAAAUGCGUGUGGGCUGCUAAGGACUUGAAAUGUUUGUGGACAAAUAAAUAUGCGACCAAGAAGGAAUAAAAUAAUUAAAGAGAUUUUCCUAUUUCGCAAA